CAGCGAGUACCUACAUACUUUAUGCUUCGCAUGAUCAUUUAUUUACCAUUCACGUCCUAUCUUUUACACGAUAUAAAACAAUAUUUUUUAGAGAUUACGUAAAACAAUCACGUGGGAUAUUGUAGAGGGAUAAGGUAUACAAACAUCUUUCGCAUUGAAUAAGAUUGACUGAAGCUACAGAAUCGGGUGUCUUGGUUCUUCGUAUCCAAAUUGAUCCCAGAUUGAUCUCUCGAGUUUCGUCAAACUCGCGAUUCAGUUCCGAAAGAACUAAGGAGUCCAGGAAGUUGAGGAUACGUAGCAAUUAAUGCGAAAAAAUGGUACUUUCCAAGCCGGUUAAUAUAUUGUAUAGUCUCCUCGGUGCGUAUUUACAGCGGCUCUACUACAGUCCUUUGAAAACAAAAGCUAUAACAAGUUGCAUCAUUGGCGCCCUUGGAAAUGUGGCAUCUCAGAAAUUAUCUGGCACGAAGCAGCUUAACGAAGACAGUAUUCUGGCCUUUGCUCUAUUUGGAUUAUUGUUUGGAGGACCAGUACCCCAUUAUUUUUACACAUACAUACAAUUGUUCAUGAAGCAUCCUCUAGGAAUUCUUCUUAUAGAGAGACUCAUUUACACACCGUGUUUCCAGGCACUUGCGCUCUACAUGCUUGCCAUCUUUGAGGGUAAAACUCAUCAAGUGGCAUAUGCUCAGAUGCAAAAAUUAUAUUUACCGACAUUGAUGGCUAAUCUGAAAUAUUUGACGUUGUUCCACUAUAUCAACAUAAGAUAUGUUCCACCAAUGUUGAGAGUCUUGAUCGUCAAUAUGAUUGGUUUCGCAUGGAUUAUCUACGUUGCUAAUAAAAGAGCAAAAGCUUCGAAAGAGAAGUAGAAAAAUACGAGAAUCUUGUAAUCAUUAUUAUAAGUAUUUUUAUAACUGUGUUUAAUUAAUAAUACGCAAAUGCAUAUGGUGUGUUAAGUGAUUCUUCUUGAUUAUUUUAAAAAUUAAAAGCGAUAGGAUUACUUUAUAAGUUUAUACAAAUA